AUGUCGUCUAAUCUGGGAUCCAUACCCGAAAGCACGUUCCCGGCGUGGUCGCAUUCGGUGCAGGAGUGUUUAGAUCGGUACCAGGUGGAUGCAGACAAGGGUCUAGAUCCCCAGGAUGUCGCGUGGCGACGGAGCCGAUUCGGCUUCAACGAGCUGGAGAAGGAACCGGGCACUCCGUUUUGGAAGCUGGUUGUAGAUCAGUUUAACGACACGCUCGUGAAGAUCCUUCUCGCCGCUGCUGCCGUGUCAUUUGUCCUCGCCUACGUGGACGAGCAGGAGGACGGCGGGAUAACGGCGUAUGUGGAGCCGCUGGUCAUUCUGCUUAUUCUCGUGCUCAACGCCUGCGUGGGCGUGUGGCAGGAGAGCAACGCCGAGCGCGCGCUAGAGGCUCUUAAAGACAUGCAGUCCGAGACAGCCAAGGUGGUGAGGGCGGGCGAGCACAUGGACGAUCUGCCAGCGCGGGAGCUAGUACCGGGCGAUAUAGUGGAGCUGCGGGUGGGGGACAAGGUGCCCGCAGACAUGCGCGUUAUAAGCCUCCUCACUUCCACGCUGAGGCUGGAGCAGGCGUCGCUGACGGGCGAGAGCAUGGCCGUGCAGAAGUCGGCGAAUGAGGUUCAGCAGGCGGACUGUGAGCUGCAGGCCAAGGAGAGCAUGGUGUUCGCGGGCACCACAGUGGUCAACGGCUCCAGCCGCAACCUGGUCAUUGCGACAGGCAUGAACACAGAAAUCGGCAAGAUUCAGCAGCAGAUCGCAGCAGCAGCAGCCGAAGAGGACGACACACCCCUGAAGAAAAAACUAGAUGAAUUCGGAGAGCGGCUGACCACAGUCAUCGGGGUGAUCUGCCUCCUCGUCUGGCUCAUCAACUACAAGUUCUUCCUCUCCUGGAAGGAAGAUCCGGCCGCCUGGUGGACAGGGGGGCUGAGAUUUUCCUUUUCUUUCCAGAAGUGCACUUACUAUUUUAAGAUUGCGGUGGCGCUGGCGGUGGCGGCGAUUCCCGAGGGGCUGCCUGCGGUGAUUACCACUUGCCUGGCUCUGGGUACGAGGAAGAUGGCGCAGAAGAAUGCGAUUGUGAGGAAGCUUCCUUCUGUGGAGACGCUGGGUUGUACCACUGUGAUCUGCUCCGAUAAGACUGGCACACUCACCACUAACCAGAUGGCAGUGUCCGCCCUGGUCCUCCCAGGCACGCUCCCCUCCACCUUCCUCUCCUUCGCCGUCGACGGAACCUCCUACAAUCCAGCCGACGGGGAAAUCCUCAACUGGGGGCGCUCAGUCACCUUUCCCAACACGCAAUCUCUCACACAAGCAGCUGUCCUGUGCAACGACGCGAGCAUAUCACUCAAGGGAGGCGCGUACAGGGCGUCGGGGCUGCCCACAGAGGCGGCGCUGCGAGUGCUGGUGGAGAAGAUUGGUGUGCCGGAUGACACGCUGCAGCUGAGCAUCCGGAAUAAGCGGAAGGGUGCGCCUGCGUCACACUUGCAAGACGCCAACGAGUGGUGGGGCAAGCAGUGGGAGAGGAAGGCGGUGCUGGAGUUUGAUCGGAGCCGCAAGUCCAUGAGUGUGAUUGUGAGGAGCAGCCAAGGGAAGACUCGCCUACUUGUGAAGGGAGCGGUGGAAUCAGUGUUGGAGCGCUGCACAUCCAUCCAACUAGCGGACGGCUCCAUAGUGCCGCUCACUUCCGAGGGCCGCAGAGCCACAGAGGCCGUCCUGACCGACAUGGCCUCCAAGGCCCUCCGGUGCCUGGCGUUCGCGUGCAAGGAGGGGCAGGCGAUGGGGGCACUGCAGGGGUACAGCGGGGAGCAGCAUGAGGGGCACAAGGUGCUGCUGGAUCCGGGGAAUUACGAGCGGAUCGAGCAGGGUCUGGUGUUUUGCGGGAUGGUGGGACUCCGGGACCCACCUAGAGAAGAAGUGCCGGCAGCAGUGGAGGAUUGCCGGGCGGCGGGCAUAAGAGUGAUGGUGAUAACAGGCGACAACAAGAACACAGCGGAGGCUAUCUGCCGUGAGAUCGGCGUGCUGGGCCCAUCGGACGAUCUCAGCUGUUGCAGCUUCACGGGCAAGGACUUCAUGGAUUUGCCUGCUGCCACCAGGAUGGAGAUUCUUAAGGUGCCUGGUGGCAAGGUGUUUUCCCGUGCGGAGCCGAGGCACAAGCAGGAGAUAGUGCGCAUGCUCAAGGAGCAGGGCGAGGUGGUGGCCAUGACGGGGGAUGGGGUGAACGACGCCCCUGCGCUCAAGCUGGCGGAUAUCGGCAUUGCCAUGGGCAUCGCCGGCACUGAGGUGGCGAAGGAGGCAUCAGAUAUGGUACUGGCGGACGACAACUUCAGCACCAUCGUGGCUGCAGUGGCGGAGGGGCGGUCCAUCUACAACAACAUGAAGGCAUUCAUCCGCUACAUGAUAUCGAGCAACAUGGGCGAGGUGGCAUCCAUCUUCCUCACUGCCGCCCUGGGCCUGCCAGAGAACCUCAUUCCCGUGCAGCUGCUGUGGGUCAACCUCGUCACGGACGGACCGCCUGCCACAGCACUGGGGUUCAACCCGCCCGAUGAGAAUGUGAUGCGGCAGCAGCCCCGCAGGAGCGAUGAUGCUCUGGUCACCGCCUGGGUGCUGCUGCGAUAUGUGAUCAUAGGCAUGUGCGUGGGCAUCACAACGGUGGGAGUAUUCGCCAUCUGGUACACGCACUCCUCCUUCCUCGGCAUCGACCUCUCAAACCUCUCACUAUGCCCUCCAUGUUACCCCUCGUUUCCCCUUGCCAUGCAGAUCAUAGGCAUGUACGUGGGAAUCGCAACAGUGGGAGUAUUCGCCAUCUGGUACACGCACUCCUCCUUCCUCGGCAUCGACCUCUCUCAGGACGGCCACUCUCUGGUCUCCUUACACCAGCUGCGCCACUGGGACCAGUGCCGCUCCUGGCAAGACUUCUCCGCCGCGCCCUUCACCGCCGGCGCGCAGACCUUCUCUUUUAAUCACGACCCGUGUGACUAUUUCGAGUCGGGCAAGGUGAAGGCGACGACGCUGUCGCUGUCGGUGCUGGUGGCGAUUGAGAUGUUUAACUCGCUGAAUGCGCUGUCAGAGGAUGUGAGUCUGACGAGGAUGCCUCCGUGGGUGAAUCCCUGGCUGCUCGUGGCGAUGACCCUCUCCUUCUCGCUGCACUUUCUCAUCCUCUAUGUGCCGUUCCUCGCUAACGUGUUUGGGAUCGUGCCGCUGAGCUUCAAUGAGUGGCUGCUCGUGCUCGUGACGUCGCUCCCGGUCAUCUUGAUAGACGAGGUGCUUAAGAAGAUUGGCAGGGAGAUGCACAAGGCGCCGGCUCAAAGGAAAGUCAAGGCGGAAUAG